AUGAAAUUAAGUGAAAAUCCUUUCCUCAGCACUCGACCUUCAUCGAAUCUUGAAGAUGACUCCAGUUCAGAGGUGCUGACCGUUCUGGAAGUAGAUCUCUGCCUGAAUGACAACCAUGUUGAUCACCACACAAGUUACUUCAAUGCGGCGACUAAAAAGGAAGCCCUAAUAGUUCGUAGAGGAGAGCCCUUCAGGCUAGAGCUACACUUCAACAGAGACUUCAGCCCCAGCAAGGAUGGGAUCAGUUUUAUCUUCAGCGUGGCGGAUGACACGAAACCGAGUCAUGGUAACGGAACUCUAAAUGCACUAGUUCCGCAAGGUGGCAUCGAUGAUUUGGGAGAGCCUUUGGAAUGGGGUGCUGGGAUCAAAUCAAACGAGGAUCGAGUGCUUACUGUGCUGAUUAAACCACCAGCCAACUGUCCCGUUACGGUGUGGACGUUAGAGAUUGACACCAAGCUGUUGGGAAAUGGAUCGAGAACCUAUGUCCUGCCACUGCCUAUCUAUGUACUCUUUAAUCCCUGGUGUCAAGACGAUCAAGUCUAUCUGGGGGAUCUUGACCAGCGCAAGGAGUACGUGAUGAACGAUACCACCCUCAUUUGGAGCGGUUCCUACAAGAGCCUCCACCAAUCGGCUUGGAAAGUCGGACAAUUUGAACCCCAUGUACUCGAGUGCAGCUUAGACAUCCUGGGAACGGUGGGCAAGAUACUGCCUGCCUUCAGAGGAGAUCCCGUGAAAGUGGCUCGUGCCUUGUCCGCACUGGUAAAUGAAAUCGAUGACGAUGGUAUUUUGGUCGGAAACUGGUCCAAGGAUUUCUCCGGUGGCGUGGCACCCUUCAAGUGGACGGGUUCGACUGAGAUCAUUCAGGAAUUUUACAAAACGAAAAAGCCUGUGAAGUAUGCUCAGUGUUGGGUUUAUGGCGGUGUUUUGGCAACUAUUGCCCGGAGUCUGGGAAUACCAGCUAGGAUAAUCACCUGUUACUCCGCUGCUCAUGAUACCCAAACCUCCUUGACUGUGGAUGUUUUCGUGGAUUCAGAUAACAAGAAAUUAACAGAUAGGACGACGGACUCCAUAUGGAACUUUCAUGUGUGGAACGAACUGUGGAUGCAACGACCGGACUUGGGAGAGGGUCAGCAUGGAACAUUCGAUGGUUGGCAAGUGGUGGAUGCCACGCCUCAGGAGACUUCCGAUAAAAUGUAUCGACUAGGUCCUGCACCCGUUUCGGCUGUUAAAAGUGCUUCGAUUAAAACCCCCUACGAUAUUGGAUUUGUCUUUGCUGAGGUGAAUGCUGAUAUACUCUAUUGGCGUUUUAAUGGACCCAAGCAUCCCAUAAAGCUCCUCAGAAGAGAUAUCGAGUCCGUUGGACAAAAAAUCAGCACAAAAGCUGUGCUGGAAUGGAAAAGAGAAGACAUCACAGAUACCUACAAACACGCUGAGCGUUCCAAAGAAGAAAGAUGCGCUAUGUACAAGGCUCUCAAGCAAGCUGGACAUGCCUUUAGCAGAUAUUAUCUAAAUGACGAAUUCAAUGAUAUAGAAUUUGAAAUGAAUCUCAGUCAUGACAUCAUGAUUGGGGAGAACUUCAGUGUGGCGCUUAAGGUUACCAAUAAAAGCGAGACAACCACCCACUUGGCCAAAGUUCAAAUGAAUUGCGAUUCCAUCUCCUACACCGGUAAAAACGGAGUGAGGGUCAAGUUCAUGCCAUUCGAACUAGAACUGCAGCCCAAAAGUAGUGAGUACCUUCGCAUGGAUAUCAGCUUUAAGGAGUACUUCAAAAAGAUGUCUUCAAAGACCACCUUCCGGAUUGCGGCAGCCGCUCAGGUUAAGAACACUGAGUUUGAAUACUACGCCCAGGACGAUUUUCGAGUACACAAGCCAUCCAUUAAGAUCAAGAUGGGAGAGGCUAGCGUGGUAGCCAAAAAGGAGAUGGAUGUGACUAUGAGUUUAGAGAAUCCCCUGCCUAUUGCCUUGCGCAAAGGUGUGUUCAUCGUGGAAGGACCGGGGCUUGAAAAGCCCCUAAAGAUUAAGAUUGACGAUACCCCAGUGGGAGGCACCGCCGAGGUGACAUUCAAAUACACGCCACCCUAUGUGGGGCAUGGUACAAUGGUUUCCAAGUUCACCUCCUCUGAGCUGGAUGAUGUGGAUGGCUACGUGAACUAUGAAAUUUUUCCUCGUUCCUAGGAUCUGCUGCAGACCUUUGGAGGCCACAGAGGUAUAUUGCAAUAA